AUUUAGUUUCGUUGUACGUUUAAAGCUUUUUUUGUUCAAUGUCACUAAACGUCGAUUAACUUUAUUUAAAGCAUGAAUUUCGGUGCUUGUAAAUUUUGUAAAAUUAUGCAAUAAAAUUUGUCAUUGGCAGUGUCAUCGUUGCAAACGGUGAUUUGCAGCAGCACUCGAGAAGUACAACGUAUACGUCGCGUCAGUUUCCGGAAGUUGAAUAAAACGGUUGUUAAGAGUAUAUAAAUGAUAAUAGGUUAGAUAGGUACUUUCGGCGUAUUGGAAGCUACGCGGAGCAAGCUUGGGUGACUUUAAGGUCUAGGAUUGAAAUUACGGUUUCAUUUUCACACAAUAUUUAUAUUCGAAACUUCCAAGCAGUAUCACAAUACUUGGAUAUUGCAAGGUUUGCGGGGCAGAGAAGCGUGGAAUGACUUGUACCUCACAACUCAACUCCUUUCAUAGGGUGGGUGUGAUUGACAAUGGAAAACAAGUGCUGUAAUCAUCUUAAAUUCUUAAAUUGAUUCUAAAGGUCAUAUCGUUUAGACCCUUUAUUAAUCUUAGUCCAAGUUGGGGCCUGCGUACAUAUCUUUCAGGUUUUAUCGUAGCUCGUGUUUGACGCAUUCUUGGAUUUACUUGCACUUAUAUUUACCCGUCUCUUGCGGUUUUUGAGGUACGACCACUCUUUACGCAACUUGACUGUAAUCAAAUUUUACAACCUGCGUCAUGAGAAAAAAUGAGAGGUAGCGAUCGCUUGAGCCAGUUCAAUGACGAAGACUACUAUAGCGGUGGUCCAUGUCCUUCUUGCAGAUUAGCGAUAAACAAGGAGACCGGAAGAUUGAAGUGGUGCAUGGGAGGAAACAAUACCUGGCGAUUGAGAGUUAGACUUAUGCUAAUUGUACCCGCAGUACUACUGCCGAUCACUAUUAUUUACAUAGCGAUAUGCAGGUCGAAUACAAUGGGGAAAAUUUCAAACCAUAGAACACAAGCCACUGACGAAGAAGCUCGCGAAAGCAGCGGUAGUAUCAAAGCCACAUUCAAUUACGAUCCCGAUCAAUCCGAAAUUGAGGACAGAGAAUUACUUCAGGAAAUAAAGACCAGCUAUGUGCCACCUGAUAUCACGUUCAACAUGGGACGACAAAAAAGAGAUGUUUCCAACGGAGACGAGUGGCAUAAUUUCAGGGUGAGCGGAGAUGACGCAGACAUGUUGGUGGAAAAAAACACAGACAUACCUGAGGAGAGGGUUGAGAAUUCAUUGGCUGAUUAUUCGGAGGACGACGCCGAGGCUUAUGAUAACGGGGAAACCGACAUUGAGGAUUACCAGGAUGGCGAAUUAAUGUACGGAGGCGCUGCGGGAAAUUCGGCAAAUCAAAUGCCGUGGCAGACGGUUGAUUCGGGUAACAAAGACGACGGGCAAACACAGGGCGAAUCUGACCCAGGCGAGCAGGGCGGAAGGCCCUCGAUUGAUGAGAACACCUGGUUGGCCAUGCAGGAAGAUGAUGCCGGGGAUAAAUCCUCGGAUUUUCAUGCAUUUUGGAAGGGCGAAGGUGACCUAAAGAGCAUCCGCGAGGCCCAAGCGAAGAUGAUGUUAAAGUAUAUGGAUAGAACGGUAGAUCCUUGUCACGACUUUUACCAAUAUGCAUGCGGUAAUUGGGGAAAACGUAACCCAAUACCAAAAGACAAAGCGGGUUACGAUACGUUCGAAAUGCUAAGAGAGUCCUUAGAUUCAGUUUUGAAAGAAUUAUUGGAGGAACCCAUCUCACCGGGGGCGAAAGCAAAUUCUGCCGAUGCUACGGUCAAGGCUAAGCAUCUUUAUCACAGCUGUAUGAAUUACGAGAUCUUGGAGCAGCGUAUGGAGCGACCUCUAAUCGAGCUUUUGGACGAACUCGGAGGAUGGCCGAUCCUGCAGCCGAGUUGGGAUCCCAAGAAGUUUGACUGGCUUCUUUUGGUCGCGCAAUUGCGGUUGUACAACAAUGACAUACUGAUAUCCGAAUGGGUUGGGCCGGAUAUAAGGGAUAGCGAUCAGUACGUGAUUCAAUUCGAUCAAACCUCUCUUGGCCUGCCGACGCGAGAUUACUUUCUUCAACCCUCGAACACUCUCUACCUUGAAGCUUACAAAAGUUACUUGAUCAAGAUCGCUACGCUGCUUGGGGCUCCUCUUGAAAAUGCGACGUUUCACGCCGACGAACUCAUUGAAUUCGAGACGAAAUUGGCUAAGAUCACCUCAUCACCGGACGAGAGACGCAACGUUUCAGAGCUUUACCAAAGAAUGAGUAUCGGCGAGUUGAGAAUAGUGAUACCGCAAAUCGAUUGGCACAGAUAUUUGUCGAUAGUUUUGGCCCGACCGGCAAAUACUUCAGAGCCCGUUGUGGUUUUUGCUCUUCAAUAUAUUCAGGACUUGGUAAAUCUGCUGUCAAAAACACCGUCGAGAACAAUAUCAAACUAUCUUCUUUGGCGCUUCGUACGUCACCGUGUAAACAAUUUGGACGAUCGUUUCCAAGAAGCCAAGCAAAAGUUUUACUAUAUACUCUUUGGCAGAGAGCAGGCACCAUUGAGAUGGAAGAAUUGCGUUGCCCAGGUGAAUUCCAAUAUGGGAAUGGCCGUCGGUUCGAUGUUCGUAAGAAAAUAUUUCGACGAGAACAGCAAAAAUGACACUCUGCUGAUGACCCAAGAGAUCCAACAAUCGUUCAGGGAACUGUUGAAAAAGACUAGCUGGAUCGAUGACGACACCAAGCAGCUUGCCGGCGAAAAAGUAGACGACAUGUUGCUCAGGAUCGGAUAUCCCGAUUUUAUAUUGGAACAACAUUUGCUCAAUGAACGAUAUAAAGAUGUUGUCAUAAGUUCGGACAAAUAUUUCGAGAAUACUUUAAACAUUCUCCAGCACUUGACGCGGGUGGAACAGGACAGACUCGGCAGUCCAGUGAACAAAACACUCUGGAACACGGCGCCGGCUGUGGUCAACGCUUAUUACAGUCGCAACAAAAAUCAGAUAAUGUUCCCGGCGGGAAUUUUACAGCCACCUUUUUAUCACCGAUAUUUUCCACGGAGCCUCAAUUACGGCGGUAUAGGAGUCGUCAUUGGUCACGAAAUCACUCACGGAUUUGAUGAUAAGGGCAGGCUCUUUGACAAGGAUGGUAACUUGCACAGGUGGUGGAAGGACCCCGCCAUUGAAGGCUUUCAUCAAAGAGCUCAAUGUUUGAUCGACCAGUAUAGUCACUAUACCGUGACUGAGGUGGGGAUGCAGAUUGAUGGAGUAAACACGCAGGGUGAGAACAUCGCGGAUAACGGAGGAAUCAAACAAGCAUUCAGGGCUUAUCAGAGAUGGUUGAACGCGAACGGGGAGGUUAACGAAACGUUGCCGGGAAUCAGCGCGACGGGGAAGCAGCUAUUCUUCCUGAACUUCGCGCAAGUUUGGUGCGGAUCCAUGAGACCAGAAGCAACGCGCAACAAAUUGAAAACGGCGGUUCAUUCGCCGGGGAAAUUUCGCGUUAUUGGAACUCUGUCGAAUUCCGAGGACUUUGCCAAAGUUUACGGGUGUCCCGUUGGGACGCCAAUGAAUCCUUUCAAGAAGUGCUCAGUUUGGUGAACGACGAGAAAACGUUAGACGUUUUCAAUUUUAAUCGCUAAAGAAAUAUAUGCAAUUAUUUUUGAUAAAAUAGGAUUGUAUUUUAUCUGGCAACUGGAUAACAAAAUGUUGUUUAACAUAAAAUUGUACCUAUA